CAAACUUGUCUCUAUUUUUCCUCUACUUUUUUUUUUUUUCUUUUGCUUUGGUGAGCUCUGACUUUCCUUUCUUCCACAUAAGACUGAGAGAGAAAUUUGGACAGAGUUUGUAUUAUAUGAGUGAAAAAUUAAAAGCAUGAUAAUGGAAUGGGAGAAUCAAGAACAACGGCAACAGAAACAUGAGAAUCAAAACCAGAGAGAAACUGUCAAUGCAAAUGUGAAUAAUGGUGGAGUGAUGUAUGUCAAAGUGAUGACCGAUGAGCAGUUGGAGACUCUCAGGAAGCAAAUUGCUGUUUAUGCCUCCAUUUGUGAGCAGCUUGUUGAGAUGCAUAAGAACUUCACUCACCACCAAGAUCUUGCAGGUAGUAGGCUGGGAAAUCUCUAUUGUGGCCCUUUAAUGACAUCGCACAAAAUUACUGCUAGACAGCGCUGGACUCCGACACCUGUCCAGCUUCAAAUUCUUGAACGUGUCUUUGAUCGGGGGACUGGAACUCCAAGCAAGCAAAAGAUCAAAGAGAUAACCUCAGAACUGAGCCAGCACUGCCAAAUUUCUGAGACAAAUGUCUAUAACUGGUUUCAAAAUAGACGGGCUCGAUCUAAAAGGAAGCAACUGGUGGCAUCAUCCAACGAUGCUGAAUCAGAAGUAGAGACAGAAGUCGAGUCACCAAAUGAAAAGAAGACAGAGCCCGAGAUUCUUCUCUCUCAGCAGAACCCUGCACCAAGGGCCGAAGAUCUUUGCUUCCAGAAACCAGAGAUAACCUCUGAACUGCAUUUCUUGGGUGCAAUGCCCAAUCCAAAUACAUACAAUGGGGAUGGCCAUCUGUCUGGAAAAAUGGGAAUGCCAGGGAGCUACAACAUUUAUGGGCAGGCAGAAGACUACAGAAUGACUGGGUGAGACUCCAGUGUCACUUUGUGCACCUCCUGCCACUUUGUCUGAAAAAUAAUAUUAUUGGAAGGUGGAAGCACAUGCUAGUCCAAGACUUUGGUUGUUGGACUGGAGACGACACAAAAGAAUUUGGCCUAAUUAUGGAAUCAUAGCAUGCCUAACAUAUAUAGUAAAGCUAAUAUACUUGUAGUUUGAACAUGAAAUGAGGUGGUUAAGUUGGAAUAGGACUUGCUAGAAUGAAUUAUGAAUGUUAGUCUGCCUUUGUGCUAUGACUUUUCGUGUUGGUUAUUUUGUUAAUAGAAAGAACUCCAUGAAUGUUUUUGGCAAGUUCUUCAUGCAAUUAUGAUCAUUCUUGAUUUUGUUAAGAGUAGAUGAUUCUUUGGUUCGAUUUUGAUAGUUAAACUUUGGACAUUAAACAUAUGUUUGUCUCCAAAGUCCAAAGAAAGAAUGCGGCAAUCAUUGCAAUCACAAGCUUGAACUUGACAAGCAUGAGGAUAUGCAGCCCAAUAUCCAGGUGCUGGUAAUGAAAAGUCAAUUUUUUUUUCUUUGAAUGGGAUAAUUUAUGUGAAGUCUUUUAAGUAUUUAAGUAGUAUUCAUCCAAUGCAGGCCUGCAAA